GAGUUCGGAGUCAUUGACGGAAACGGAAAGAAAGAGAUAGUCGUCGCUGACGUCAUAGACAACGACUCGUGGCGUCUGUGGCCCGAAGGCGACAAGAAGUUGAUGCUCGACAAACAGGUCUACCGCAACCUCGACGCCAAAGACAUCGACGCGAAGGCCAUCGACGUCGUGCGCGCCAACUUCGAGGUCGUCGCGCAGCGCACGCAAGACCUCUUCUCGCGGGUCAUCCGCCGCCCUCUGCCCGCCGCCACCCCCGCGUCGCCCGAAGUGGCCCUCGUGUUGGGCUCGGCGGGCGAUCGGGCGCACGCGGACGCCAUCGCCGGCGCUCUGCGCGAGAAGUGGGGCAUAAAUGACGUGCAAAUCGUCGUCUCUUCGGCUCAUCGCACGACUGCGCGCACUCUCGACGUGUUGGCGCGUUUACAGCAGUGGCCCACUUUGCGGGCCAUUGUCGCCAUCGCCGGCCUCUCCAACGGCUUGGGACCCGUUCUCGGGGGCAACGCUUGCGUUCCCGUUAUCAACAGUCCGCCCGCGACGUCAUUGGACGCGCUUUCGCUGGACAUCUGGUCGUCGCUUCGGAUGCCGUCGGGAAUCGCGUGCUCGACAGUCGUGGGCGCGGAAAACGCGGCGCUGGCGGCGGCCCUCGUGGUGGCCACGCACGCGCCGUGGGUGUGGUCUCGAGUGCGCGCUCAACAGUGCAAUACUUUCGUAAAAGUCUUGCUUUCGGACUCCAAUUGA